AGAAAGCAUAGAGAAGGCCAAGCAGCUGUUCUUGAAAGAAGCGAAUCUUAUGAAGCAGUUAGUUAUGAAUUAAAAAACAAAAGAUCUCAUGAAAAAGAAAUUAAUGAGAAUCCUUCAUAUGAUAUGACUAUAAUCAACUUAUCUCAGAACAACG